CGUAUCCGCCGUCACUUUGCGCGGCCAGGUUUAUUUUUUCUGACACGGCCCCACACUAUAAAACCGAUCGUCCGGAAGCAGCGCACGCUUAAUAUUACGUUGAUCUUGAACCGCGUCGCGAUCGGAAACGUCGCGCCGAAACGCCGUACCGGAAUCUUCUCUUGCCAAAUACGAAGCCGGAAGUGUACACCUGUGAGGUGUGGUGUGUGUGUGUGUGCGUGUGUGUAUACGGAGAACCAGCUGACCAGCGAUGAUUAGCAUAGGCAGGCGGAACGAGCGGCGGCCAAUGGCGGUCGGGUUGGUGUGGAUCGUCCUCAUCGGAGUGGCCGUUGCGGCGCAGGAGCAAGGUGCCAAUGUGAAAGUGGAAAAGUCAGCUACAGUCGAUUCUUCAGCCCUGCUCGAGGCGGCGCUCUGUGCGGUCAAACCCAACCCGGGCCAGUGCGUACGGCAACAGGCCGCCCGUGUGCUGGGCAACUGGGAAGACAUUCUAAACGCCAAGAAGAUGGAAAUGCUCGCCGAAGCAGACAAGGAGGUCACGGCGCGACAGCAAAGCCGAGGUCUCAGUGAUGCUGAGAUUGCACGAGGCAAACCAUCCACCCUGAUGCAACAGAUCGAGACGGGUCUCGGUGCUCUUUCGGAAUUCGUUUCGGAAGGUGUCGAUGAAUAUGUAUCCGACAAGGAGGAGGGCAAGGAGGAGGAAGCCUCAUCGAAGACGCACAUCCACCAUCUGCUGAAGCUAGGUAACGCAGCCGGUCCGGCCCGGGACGGUGCCCCCGUCGGGCGCGCGGACGCCGACGACGAGGACUACCGCGAUCAGCUCGCUGCUGUGGAGGAUGGUUUGGUGGAUUAUGCUGGCUUGGCGGGCAGCCCGGAUAAAGCACUUGGUAGAGGCAAGCAAGAGGGUGACCAACUGGAUUAUGGGUUUGGUAGUGGCGAACCUAGUGCUGGUGGUCAUGGAGGCAAGCGUAAGGGCAAGAAGAAGAAGACGUUCAUGAAGCUGUUCAUUCUGGGCGCGGCACUGAAGGCCAAAAUCGAACUGCUGCUCAAGAUCCUGUCGUUCAAGCUGCAGCUGAAGUUCUUCGCCGUUGCACUGAUCGGUCUGCUGAUCAACAUUGCCCGAUUCUGGAUCGAUUUCAAGAAGCAACCUUCUCCACAAAAGGUGAUCUACUACGAACAUGCGCAGCAUCAGCAUCACUACGACGAUCACGGUGACGGUGAUUUCGGUGGCUACUGGAAGCGAUCGCUGCACAAUGUCCAUGACGACGAAGGUCCCAGCUACCCGGGUGGACACGAUCGUGCGGAGCGUUACGACGAACCCUACCUGUACCGCAACCCGAAGUACACCCCGUCCACCAACCAUUACGCACCACAGCUUGCCGAUCCGCACGCGAUGGCGUACCAACAGCAGCGGCCAUACUAAUAAUGCAGGCGCGAUGCGCGUACGAACGCGAACCGCAUUUUCCUAGCACUGGGGUUACGUAUCCCACUCGAGAAUCCAUUCCAUCUUUGGUCCAGUUUGCGUUAGGUUGAGAGACGCUUCGCGGAGCGAGAGGCAGGCAGCAUGUUUUAUCAUCACUCAUUAUCAUACUGUCAUUUUUUUCAUCGAUUUGUACAAAUUUCGAAAGGGAAACGUACAACACCCUCCAAUGUCUAACCCUUCCAGGAUGCUGCCAGGAAGUAAGGCAUUUGCUUUCAUUAUAAAGCACUCAAAAUUCCAAACACCUAGAGCUAAAGGAUAUUGGAGAGAAGGUUGUGCAUUUCUCUUACCGCUUGCCUUUUGCCGCGAUUGUACGGAAGAGAAGGGAGAGAGAGAGAAAACACUUAACGGAUUCUGGAAUACUCGUGUAGCUCACCUACGACCAUCUGGCUAACCCCACAGCUGAAUGGGCGUUGAAUGGUGGGCCGUUAAUUUAUUAAAACUGUUAAUUUAUUGAAGUUAUUUAUUUGCUCACCAACUCGACCGUUUAGGCUAAGCCUAGCGGCAGCAAUCGAACGUUUCUGUUCGAAUGGUUUCCCAGUUUUUCCACCCCUGGUUUGAAGUGAAUUAAUGUUAAUGUUGUAGGUUACAAAUAAAGCCCUUAUGAAACGAAAA